UUAAAUAGAAAGGAAGUAGAGUCGAAAGAGGAAGUUUCAGAGUAAGAAGACAAAUUAGUGGAAGGUGAAGAAGAGUAGGAGGAAGAGGAGGAGGAAGAAGAAGAAGAAGAAAAAAAACACUUAAGGGCCGGAUUACCGAAGCGUUACCGAAGAGUAACUUGUCGCGGAAAUCGAGGCUCAAAUUGAAAUAGAUCGAUCAGUAAAUAGAUCGAGCCUUCGGAAAGCACGAGGAGGGACACGGAGAAGCCGUGUAUUUGCGUCUUGUUAACGAAGAGAGUCUUGCAGAAUGUAUGGGCAUAAAAGUAGGCGAUGUUGUAGUGAGAUUAAACGAUCAACCGAUCAGCGGUUUGACGCAUGGACAAGCACACGAGGCUCUCAAACUGGCAGGCAACAAUUUCGUUCUUGGUGUACAAAGAGAGGGAGAAGGUUCGCGUAAGGCUCUCGAGGGUAUAUCGGACGAGAACAUUGUCCCGUAUAAUAUUUCGCUAGCAGAUUUGCCGCCAGUUUUCCCGGAGAAAAUCUUAUCGGAAGAGACGGUGUUAGAGCAACGAGAAAUAACUAUCGAACGUUUACCAACCCCGGAGAAAGUUGAGGAAUUGCCGGACAAGCCGAAGGACGCCGAUAGCGAGAUUAUACCUAAUCAAAAUCUCACCGACGAGGAGAUAGCUCAGUUGAUUCUCGAGGAGGAAGAAUUGCUUCCCGACAAGGGUGUUUUAGGGGUAAAUUUCAAGAAGUUGAGGCCACGUGCGACAGCUUUGAGAGAUUCUAAGGUCUUGGAGGAGCUUCAACACAUCGCCACAGCUCCACCACCGAACAUAGAGGAACGUCAUCACGUUUCAACCUUUCUACAGAAGCCGAAUCGACCGGUGCCGAAGGCCAAACCUCGCGAACCAGCCGAGGGAGAACCUUACAGAGUAGUUAUAAAGAAGCAGUCGAAGAAAAGCGUGAUAGCACGCUUGGUGGAGAAGGGUCUGAUACCACCUGGAAGCCUCGACACGCCGAUAGAACCAACUUCCGAGGUAAAGAUGUACGCCUUCGAGGAAUCUAACGAAGAGUCUAACGAAAUUGGGAGAGUCCUCUCUCAGGAGGAGAAGAUUGAUCUCCUUAAACCUCCUCUACCGUGUUCGAUCCAAUUUAACGACUCCCCAGACAUCGAAGAGGACAACAACACUCUCGAUCUUGUAUCCAUUAAAAUUUCUGCUACUAAUCCCGAUCCUCCCACGUGUAUUCCGUCUCUAACCGCACGACGAUCGGCGAUCAAACCUAAACGUUUCUACACGAGAGCUCGUUACUUCGAGAGAUCCCUUCUCGGAUAUCCUAAGAAUUCCGACAGAAUCACUUUAGCCUAUCUUCUCGAACUAAUUCUGGGAAAAUCUUCUCCCGAUGGGACGGCGUUCGGACGAAUAAGAAGGAAGGGCCGUUACAUCGAGACCUAUCUCGAACGAGAGGACACCUGGUUCAAAUCGAUAUUCAAGCUUUUCUUUGCUAAGAGAAACGAUAUUACCAAGGGAAGAAGAAGAAGAUUCGGUAAGCCCCGAUACGCCGAACGAUUAUUGGCCAAAUCUCUUCGCGGAGAAUUCCUCGAGAGAAGGAAGACCACUACUAUGGGAAUGCAAAAACGACGUAGGCUUUGUCCUAGAGCGAGAUAUUUCGAGAGGGUCCUUGCGAAAGACGUGCAAAGAUUGAUCGAACUUGUCAAGGAAAUUUCUAUUCCCGUAGAUUUAGGAAGAUUCUAUAUUGCCGGGGAUAAGAAAGAUGGCAAACGGGGUGCUAGGCGACGCUCGAGUUUGAUCAAACUCAAGGGUCGAUACUUUGAGCGUUGUUUAGCUUCGACGAUUUCAUCCGCGUUAACGGGUCUCGUCGAAUCAACGAAACGUCGAUCCUCGGACGGGCAACUCGAUUUAUCGACGAAGAUUUCUCGUUCGAGGAGAUGUUCCUACGAUCGGGCGCAUUACGGGGAACGCGCGAUCGUACGUAAUCUUGAGAUUCUCGGGAACCUGGCCGAGAAGGCGACCUCGAAGAUCCUUGGUUGGCGCGAAGGUCGGCCAACGAACGGCGACCUUGAUGCACCUCUAUCGAAUUUGAUCUCCUACGAUGGCGAACAGGAGGAGGAGGAGGAAGAGGAGGAGGAGGAGGAGAAGGAGGAGGAAAGGGGACGAUUUUCCAAGUUCUUACGAUCCACCACCGAGUUCGUCUCCGCCGAAGUGUUUCAUCGUGGUGCUAGGAGACUAUCGAGAUCGUCCAAGGUCGUCAAGGUCGACUCCCCCAUGGAAUCCACCGGCUGGCUCGGUUCACUCGCUCGAUUCUGUGGCCUUGACAAUGGCGCUCGUUUCUCCGAUGACAGCUCGAAGACGUGCGACCAGAAGAUCCUUGAUCGUCGAAACGAUUACGAUGCUCGCCGAAGGUUGUCAUUCGUGCCUACCGUACUUUACCAGGGCCUAACCAAUCGCAUAGGCGUAGAUUUUACCAAACUCGUAGCAUACACUCUCAUUCCCUGUGCGUCCGUUAUUUUGUUGUACAUGUACAAAUAGAUCCUUUUGAAAUGCGAUCGAAUUUCUUUGAUCUUGCUAUAGGCAGUACCUAUCCUGUUAAUUUCGAUUGUUAUACAACCUUCUUAAGAAAUUAUUAUUAGGUUUUUAAUCGAGUGUCGUGUCUUAGGGCGAAACAUAAAAUCGGACUGUUUUAUGUUUUAAUUUGGGAAAUAUAUUUUCGAUAUUUAUGUUUUCGCACGUUCAUUCAUCGGAACAAGAGACUUGUUUAUUAGAAUUCCCAUAAAUGCAUUUUAAUUGACACUUAUGCAUUUCGCUUAUUCGAAACUUGAUUUAGAUUAGGAUUUAAGAGUUUUCCUCUUUUCAGAAUAAAUGAACGAAAUAAAAGUAAUGGUAAAAGUAGUAGGAGGAGUGUAAAACAGUAGUACGUAUCAAUGUAUCUCGAAACGUGCGUUUAUGUUUCCCUUAACCCCACAAUAAUGAAAUAUAUCAAUUUCAAAUAAAUCAUCGUCACCCCCAGUUUGAUAAUCUUUAUGUUUGCAUGUCUCUAUGCGUUUUUCUCGUCGAUGUUACUAAAAAUAUAUACACACACACAUCUAUACACCGACACAAAUAGAUCGAACAUUGCACAGACCUCAGCAAAAAAGAAACGCACAUUUCCAGAUGUAAUCCGAUUAGAAUUCGAUCGUUCGAAUUAGAUCGAAUACUAAUUGCCAACUGGGUCAAUUAAUAAAUGAGAUUGUGAGUC